AUGGAAAAUAUCGAAGUCCUCUACUCUGAAUUAGAAGCAAAGUCGAAGACUGAUCAAGAUUUGACGGAGUCUACAACCUCAUUUUUUAAAGAAAAAUUGAGCAAUGUCACCGAAAAAAACAAAAACCAGAUCCUCAUCUGUGCAGUGAAAAAACGUAUAAUCAACAUAAUCAGGUACUUUGUAAAAGCUGAAAUAAAAGUUUCACUUCCAUUAAAUACUAAAACUGCCAUACAUAUUGCGGCUAAUUAUAAGUAUACAGAAUUUUUUGAUUUACUUUUCCAUGUUUAUGGAAAUGUAAACUACAAGAUUAUGAAGAACAUGUUAACAUUUUCACAUUUCCGAGUAGCUUGUAUGACUAACAACGUUCAAAGAGUACAAAAUUUCAUAAAUUCAGGCGUCAAAGUCAAUACAGGAAAACCUCUUCUUGAAGCUAUUGAACGUAAACAUUUAGAAGUAAUUAAAUUGUUAUUGAAGAGUGGAGCUAAUGCAAAUGUUGUCGAUAAAAGAGGCAGAACGCCUCUGCAUUUAAUAUUUAGUCAAUUCAGCGAUGGUACUGAAUAUGAAACUAAUUUGGAACUAUUUCGACUUCUCAUCAAAGCCAAAUCUGACGUCAAUAAAACUGAUGAGAAUGGUAAUAGUCCCAUGUUCUACUUGUUGGACAGAGAUCUCUGUAUUGAUAAUAAAAAAAAAACGUUAGAAAUUCUUUUACAAAAUGGUGCAGAUGUUACGCAUGUCAACAAAUUUGGUGAUUCAAUAAUGCAUUAUAUAUUUGGUUGUAAAAACAGAAAGGAAAGAGAUAUUUUUGAGUUAGUUGAAUUGUUUCUAAAAUACGGAGCUCAUGUGAAUGCUACUGAUAAACGGGGAAUGACACCUUUACAUUUGAUAUGUUCCCAGCUAAGCAAUAUUACAGAUCGUGGUCAUGAAUUUGCGAUUUAUACAAUUAAAUUACUUCUUAGCAACGGAGCAAAUAUAAAUACAGUUGAUGGAUUGGGUAUAACUCCUAUCAACUUGUUAUGUUCCCAGCUAAGCAAUAUUAUAGAUCAUGGCGAUGAAUUUGCUGCUAUUAAUACAGUUGAAUUAAUUCUUAGCAACGGUGUAAAUAUAAAUACAGCUGUUGAUACAUUGGUUCUCAUCAAAUACAACUCUGAUGUUAACAGAAAGGAUAAAGAUGGUAACAGCCCAAUAUUCAACCUGUUUGGGGAAUGCUGUGGUAAUAUUCUCCAAUGGAAUGCAUUAAAAAUUCUUCUACAAAAUGGAGCUAAUAUUACACAUAUCAACAGUGCUGGUGAUACCAUACUUCAUCAUUUGAUAAAAUUAAACUAUGAAAAAGAAAAAUAUGUUAUUAAAAUAUAUGAAUUGCUUCUUCGUAAUGGAGCUGAUGUAAAUGCUGUUGAUUCAUUUGGUAGAACUCCUAUAAAUUUGUUAUGCCGUUAUCUCAGAAAUAGUCAUUAUAAUUCAUAUUCGAGAAUAUCUCAACUUCUCAUCGAACAUAAAUCCGACAUCAAUAAAAACGAUUCAAAUGGUAAUAGUCCAAUUUUCAAUCUGUUUGAUAAAAGCUGGAUAAGUACUUUCCAGUUGAAUGCAUUACAACUUUUUUUAAAAAAUGGUGCUAAUGUUAGAUAUAUUAAUAAUGCUGGAGAUUCAAUAUUGCAUCACAUCAUUAAUUCCAAUAAGAACGAAAAAAAACCAAAAAUAAAAAACCAAAAAAAACUAAAAACAACUGUUGAUGUCGUAGUUGAAUUACUUCUCAACAAUGAAGCUGAUGUAAAUGCUGUUGAUUCAUUUGGAAGAACUCCUAUUAAUUUGUUAUGUUAUCAACUUAAUGGAAGUUCUAGUUAUGAUCCUGAUCUAAAAAUACUUCAACUUCUCAUUGAACACAAAUCAGAUGUUAAUCGUACAGACAAACAAGGUAACAGCCCAAUGUUCAACCUGUUUCAUAAAACUAAUUUUGGGGGAAUAGCUGAUUUCCAAUUGGAUGCAUUAAAAAUUCUUUUGAAUAAUGGUGCUAAUGUUACGGAAGUCAAUAAUGCUGGUCAUACAAUAGCACACUAUACCAACGUUGUCAGAAACUCGACGACUACAACUAGCGCCACGCGCAAGGGUCCACCGAUUCUCCUACGCGUUACCGACAUAAGUGCAGCAAACUUCUAAAUAAUUUACGAAAUAAUAUAUUAUAUUCUAAGCGGUACUUUUGGAAAAAUUAUACAAUAAAAGUAA